AUGCGGCCCCUCCGUCCCGGCUUAUCUAUCCGACCUCCCGCACAUCAGCCUCACUCGGCGUAUGUCACAGACGGUAGUGAAGAAGAUUCUGUCUACUAUAGCGAGGACGAGGACGACCAUCACGGGAGCCACUCCAUGGUAUAUGAGAGAGAACCAGCACCAUACGGGCCUGGCCUUCCAAAUACCCCAUUACGUUCACCCAGUACAGAAUACACAGCUUCAACCAUCCCGCCGUCUCCCACUUAUCGCCUCCCACCGGCGGGGACACCCUUGUCCAGUCCAGGCUUUAUGAGUGGAUUCCCACCACGACCUCACCCAGGAUACCGGCCGGGGCCGCCGCCACCUCCUCCUCCCCCGGCAGGUUAUGGGAGACCACACAUCCCAUAUCAGCAACCACAACCGUACCCGAUUGCUUCUAUGUGGGGAACAUGGACUCUUCCUCCAGCCUAUCCUCCUACACCCAACACCCCCUUCAACGAACCAAGAAGGCCUGUUCCCCAUGCCCCAAACCUACCCAAUAAUCGUUGGAUGCCACAUCCCGAUGAAGACCCCAUCCCACACCGCCCUCACCGAAACCGGUCUCCCGGGCCUACACUACAGUUUCGACGCUCCCGGAGCAACAUGCGAAAGCGCAGUUCGUCCGAGACCCGAAAGCCCCGUCCGCUAGACCCCCAAAUAGCAGCGGCGUUAAAGGGGAAGGAGCAUGAGAACAUGGUCCUUCGAGAAGAACUCAAGAGGGCAAAGACGAAAGAGGCCAAGAGGGAGGCCAAGGAAAAGGAGGCCGAGUUCCAAAGGUUAAAAGGUCUCGAGGAGGAGCUGAGAAGGUAUAAAUUGUUCGAACAAAAGAACCAGAUGAAGCAGGAAAUAAAGAACGAGAUAUAUGCAGAGUUUCACCAGGGGAUAUCGACAUCACCUACGACGUUGGCUGGUCAGCUGGGGCCUAGCUCUGGGUUCUCGUCGGAGGCGACACCGUCGUCUAAUGCUUGGACGCAGGGGGGGUUGAUUAUUGGGCGACAGCCUGCUCCAAGGGCCAUUGCAGGGGGGGUGUCUUUGGGUGAUUACUUGUUUGAUCGGUAUGGGAAUCCACAGCUGGAGGUGUACGCGAGGCCAUUGGAGACACAAGAUGUUGGUGUGAGGGGACGGCAACCAGGUCCCCACGUGCGGUUUCCAUGA